CGGUUUUUCAAUGUGAACAUCACACUGACUACCGGACUUUUGCCACCUCAAACCCUAAUAAAUACUAUUAAAAAACCUGACAUCGAAAACUUUAUUGCGAAAAUAUGUGAUCUAAAUAUGUCCUCCCCCCGAUCUCUGCAAAUACUAUCUCAUAUGUUUAUACUUAGGGUUUUCACUGAUCUUCAGCGUCUCUUUGCGCGCAUCUCCAGUUCCACUUUAUUCAGCUUCUAGUCUGUCCGAGCUAGGCUUUUGCAGGUUGUCAUUACUUAGGUAUAAAAGUUUGAACUUUGAAGUAGUAUCUCGAUCAUUAUACUGUUAACUACUGUUGAUUAAGACAACUUUACAGUGAGAGCAUACUUCUUUUAGAACAGACUCUUGCUACUAAUGUACAACCUCAGGCUAUAGGAUUUUGGAAGGAAAUGGUCGAAAAAGUUGUUGCUCCUAGUGAAUUACACUUGAAAAAGGAACUCUCCGCUCUUCAGAAGGCGCGAUUUUUGCGUGAUCCUGAAACAUGUUCUUCUUGGAGAUCUCCUCUUAGUUCUAAAUCUGUUUCUGCGUAUCAUUUUUGUCAUGAUAAUAAAAUAAGGUACAUUUCAACUGGAGAAAAAAUAGCUAGUGGAUUGCCCAAAAUACCUCAUAGGCAUGAGAAAAAAAGAAAAAAUGUGUACCUUUGUAAUUGGAAAAAUCAUUCUAGUAUAUCCCGUGAAAGUGGAAUAAAGUUCAAUGAGGAUGAGAAGCAACUAUAUGUUGGGUGCAGUUCUGAAGACGAGCUCAGCAAUUCUGAAAAUGAAGAGACUGUAGGUGACAGAAAACUUGUGCCCACUGGCGCUACAAACGUUUGUAAUAUCAGAGGCAGAAAUCUUACUACUCCACUGAGAAGCUCUGCUUCAAGGUUGAAAAGAACUGCUAAUUCAAAAAGACAGGGUGUAAAGCAUUCAUCAAUUACAAAGCGGAUAAACCUGCCAAUUAGCCCCUUGGGAGUUCUCAGCUCAAUUGAACAAUCUGAUGAUACAGAGUAUUGUAAUUCUGAAGAUGCACAUGAUCUUGGAUUUGAUCUGCUUUGUAAAGCUGCAUACCAUUCUCCCUCUGCAUCACCAUUGUUCCCUGGAUCUGGAUGUGCAAACUGGUCCCGAACUUCUAAAUUAUUCAGAAGUGCUAGAAGAGAAGGUUCAUCUCACUCCUGUACUCCUGCAUCUACUAGCUCUUACUACAGGAAAAUAGGUCGGAAACCCAGUACUGUUGGAUCAUGCAGUGGAACAACUGCUUCUUUUGAAGGGGAUGGAUUUGAUCAGCUGGAUUUACCUGUGCGCCAAGGAUGUGGACUCCCUUGUUAUAGGUCAAUGAGAAAUAGAGAUGAAGGUUGUAGAGAAUGCAAUUCUCCAGCAUUAUCUGAUACUAUGAAAAAAGGAGGCUGCAUUUUCGGUAGAAGGCAGACAUUGUACAAUAAGCAGAGAUCAACUGGCUUCACCAAGCCUAAGCUCUUUUCUACUUCUCCUAAUGGAUUGCCUUUAUUAAAAAAUAACUGUGAUGAUACAUCAAGUGACGAGGUCUCUACAAAUUUAGUGGAGAUUGACUUGGAAGCAUUGAGCCGGUUAGACGGGAGAAGAUGGUCAAGCUGCAAGAGCCAAGAGGCAUUUGAAUUGGCAGAACCUGGAGAGAGAUCCUUGAACAAUGCAUAUAAUAAGAGCUUGAACCUCAUGCACAAGCCAAGGAAUUUUGAUGAAAUAGUUGGCCAGAACAUUGUUGUUCACUCUCUUAUGAAUGCUAUUCUGAAGGGAAGAAUAGCCCCUGCAUAUCUGUUCCAUGGUCCUCCUGGAACAGGAAAAAAAUCUGCUGCAAGGAUAUUUGCCACCGCACUAAAUUGUCUUGCUGCUGAAGGAAACAAACCAUGUUACUUGUGUAAGGAAUGCACUGCUUUUUAUGGAGAAAGUGGGUCCUUAGUGAUAGAAGCAAGCGUCUCCAAUAAGAAGAGUAUAGAGAGGCUUGGGUAUUUUAUGAAAAAUAUGACUACGACUUCAAGACAAUUGCAAUACAGGAUCUGCAUCAUCGAUGAAUGCCACUUGCUGACCUCUAAAAUGUGGUUUAAAUUUCUGAGAUAUCUUGAAAAGCCAAGUUCUCAUAUUGUAUUCAUUUUCAUUACAAUUAAUCAUGACCAUCUUCCACGGGCCAUUGUCUCUCGUGUUCAAAAAUAUAUCUUCUCCAAAAUCAAAGAUGUUGAUAUAAUAAGGCAACUGAGAAUGCUUGCUUCUGCAGAAAAUCUUGACAUUGAAAUGGAUGCUUUAAGUCUUAUUGCUAUGAAUGCUGAUGGUUCUCUUCAAAAUGCAGAAAAAAUAUUAUAUCAACUGGGUGCUCUUGGGAAAAAGAUAACUACUUCUCAUGUAAAUGAGCUGGUGGGGAUUAUUUCAGAUGAGAAAUUACUUAAUCUCCUUGAGGUGGCUAUGUCAUCAAAAACAAAAGAAACGGUGAAAAGGUCUAGAGAACUGAUGGAUUCUGGUGUUGAUCCAAUGUCCUUGUUGUCUCAAUUAGCUGGGCUUAUAAUGGACAUUAUUGGUGGCACUAAAAAGUUGGCUGAUUCAAACUUUGAUGAAGUUGGAGGACGAACUUGUAAGCAUAUCAACCAUCUUAUUUUAUUUUUUGUUCUGAUUAGCACUCUUAAGUUUAACUGGCACGAUAAGAAUGUAAACUUGCUAAAAUGUCCCAUACGAUUCUUUAGCUGUAACCUCACCAUGAACCAUAGACUGAUUCCUGUGUGCUGAACUAAUUUGUUUGCU